CUUUUUGUAAGUAUCAGUCUGUCACUAACCAUGACAACUUUUAAUUUUUACAUUUCGCGCCUAUCCACUAUAAAAAGUCACUGAAGUAAAGAAACAAAACAAAAUAUACAUAACCAUAUUUUUGUUCAAGAAUCGCUUUAUCUUGGGAAUGUAUAGUAAUAAUUCCAAUAAUCAAGGCUUCAUUGAGGAGACUGAAAAAUCUAAGAAUGUGCGAAGAGCAAUAAAGGAAAAAAUGAAAAGAGAGAGAGAAAAUCCUAGUAACCCUAAAAGAACACGACCUAAUAAUAGAAGUGAAUCCUCAGACACAAGUAAACCUCGAAGGAAGCUACUAGAACUAGAGACAGACACAAGUAUUCUACAAAGACGUCAGAAGCAAAUUGACUAUGGUAAAAAUACAGUUGGAUAUCAUAAUUAUACACAACAAGUGCCUAUUGAUGAGCGAACAAAAGACCAUCCCAAGACACCGGACAAAUUUACUAAGUACAGUCGGAGGUCAUGGGAUGCCUUAAUUAAAAUAUGGAGGAAAAAAUUACAUGAAUAUGACACUACUGGUACAAAUAAAUCGGAACUGGAUUCUGAUGAAGAUAAUUGCCAGUAAAAUAUAAAAAUUUGUAUAUUGUAUAUUGGAGACUGAAUUGUAGUAAUAAAUAUUUUA